UAGCGACACAGAGUGGAAACGGAAGUUAGUCUUUGUUAAAGAUGGCAACCCCUUAUGUGACAGAUGAGUCUGGUAAAUAUAUCGGCGCCUCGCAGCGUCCGGACGGCUCGUGGAGGAGACCACGGCGGGUGAAGGACGGAUACGUCCCGCAGGAGGAGGUCCCGGUCUAUGAGAACAAGUACGUCAAGUUCCUCAAGAGCAAACCUGAGCUGCCCCCCGGCAUGAGCCCCGAGGACGAGACACAGAGCGACGUCGCAGGACUCUCCAAAACCGCCAAACGCAACAUGAAGCGCAAAGAGAAGCGCAAGCAGCAGCAGAGCCAGAGCCCCGAGGAGGACGUGAGCUCAGAGCUGGAGCACAUGAACCUCACCGCAGACGAUCAGACCACAAGCGACCCGACAGAGAGAGCCAAGAAGAUGAAGAACCUGCGGAAGAAGCUGCGACAGGUGGAGGAUCUCCAGCAGAAACUGGAUUCUGGAGAGCUGAAGACCCCCAGCAAGGAGCAGCUGGACAAACUGAGCCGGGGCCAGGCCUUACGUGACGAGCUGAGACUGCUGGAGGCAGAUCUGGGAGAUCUGUGACUGUUUCUACAUCAGUCCAAACUCAUUCUAGUCUUUUAUACAUCAUAAAGAAACAUGGUG